AAAAAGAGUGGGACUAGUAGCGUCUUCUGGAAUAGAAUAUCCGUUUUUUUUUUCUUCUUCUUCUUUUUUCUAUCUCAAAUUGAAAUUGGGAAUUUUGGGGAUGAAUGGAGGAGUAAUGAGUUGUUGAUCCUGUGAAGAAGUAAGGAUGUUGGAGGAUCAGGUGGCUUACCUCUUGCAGAGGUACCUUGGCAACUACGUCAGGGGACUCAACAAGGAAGCCCUUAAGAUCAGUGUUUGGCAAGGAGAUGUGGAGCUAUCAAAUAUGCAGUUGAAACCGGAGGCACUUAAUGCAUUGAAAUUGCCUGUGAAGGUUAAGGCUGGAUUUCUUGGCUCUGUGAAACUUAAGGUACCUUGGAGUAGGCUUGGUCAAGACCCAGUUGUAGUUCAUCUGGAUCGUAUUUUUUUGUUAGUUGAACCAGCAACGCAAGUUGAAGGGUCCACUGAGGAUGCCAUUCAAGAAGCCAAGAAAAGCCGAGUGCGGGAAAUGGAGAUCAAGCUGGUAGAGAAGGCUCAACAGUUAAAGUCUGAAGUGAAUCAAUCAUGGUUGGGUUCCCUAAUCAGCACUAUAGUUGGGAAUUUGAAACUCUCAAUUUCAAAUAUUCAUAUCAGAUACGAAGACAGUGAAAGCAAUCCUGGACACCCAUUUGCAGCAGGUGUGACAUUGGAGAAACUCUUAGCUGUGACAGUUGAUGACAAUGGGAAUGAGACUUUUGUUACUGGUGGUGCACUAGACCGUAUACAAAAGUCUGUUGAGCUUGACCGACUUGCACUUUAUCUGGAUUCUGAUAUUGUCCCGUGGCAUAUUGACAAGCCAUGGGAGGAUUUGCUUCCUUCUGAGUGGGUCCAGGUUUUUAGAUAUGGCACUAAAGAAGGCAAACCUGCUGAUAGAAUUGUCAAGAAGCACACUUAUAUUCUGGAACCAAUUUCAGGAAAUGCAAAGUAUACGAAGCUAAGGGAAAAUGAACAAGCUAAGAGCGAUCAACCUUUGCAGAAUGCAACAGUGAAUUUGGAUGAUGUCAUUCUCUGUUUAUCAAAGGAUGGAUACAAGGAUAUGUUAAAACUAGCUGAUAACUUUUCUGCUUUUAAUCAACGCUUAAAAUAUGCACAUUUUCGUCCACAUGUUUCCGUCAAAUCUGAUCCUCGUUCUUGGUGGAAGUAUGCUUAUAGAGCUGUAUCUGACCAAGUGAAGAAGGGAAGUGGAAAAUUGCCAUGGGAACAAGUUUUGAAGUAUACAAGAUUGCGGAAAAGAUACAUCUCUCUUUAUGCCUCCCUUCUUAAAUCUGAGCCCAGUCGAGUAACUGUUGAUGACAAUAAAGACCUUGAGGAUCUAGAUCGUGAACUAGAUAUUGAGGUCAUAUUGCAAUGGAGGAUGCUGGCUCAUAAGUUUGUGGAGAAAUCGACAGAAUCAGCCCACAUGAGAAAACAAAAGUCCAAGUCAUCAUGGUGGUCAUUUGGAUGGAGUAAUGAGGCAUCUGAAGAUGAAACCGAGCCAAUUCAUUUCAGUGAGGAAGACUGGGAACAGUUAAACAAAAUCAUUGGGUAUAAGGAAGGUGAUGAUAAUAAGUUAGUUUUAUUAAGUGGCAAGGCAGAUGCUCUUCAGACUUCCUUAAACAUUUACACGAAACAUAGUGCCACCAAACUUAUUGAUGGGCCCAACGAGUAUCUUGCUGAAUUAUCAUGUGAAGGUCUUCAUUGCUUCAUAGAACUUUAUCCAGAGACCAAAAAAUUUGAUGUGAAAUUGGGUUCAUAUAGGCUAUCAUCACCAAAUGGUUUACUUGCUGAGAGUGCAACUAAUUAUGAUUCGUUACUCGGGGCUUUUUGCUAUAAGCCUUUCGAUAUGAAAGUUGAUUGGAGCAUGGUUGCUAAAGCGUCCCCUUGUUAUGUGACUUAUAUCAAGGAUACUAUCGACCAAAUUAUCAAUUUUUUUCAAAGCAGUACUGAUGUCAGUCAAACCUUAGCUCUGGAAGCUGCUGCUGCUGUUCAGAUGACAAUAGAUGAAGUCAGGCGCACUGCUCAGGAACAAGUGAACAAGGCAUUGAAAAAUCAAUCCAGGUUUUUGUUGGACAUUGAUAUAGCUGCACCCAAAAUAACAAUUCCAACAGAAUUUUGUCCUGACAACCGACAUUCAACAAAACUUAUGCUUGACUUGGGAAAUUUGGUGAUUCGUACAGAGGAUGAACUUGGAUCAUCCAAGGAGUUAGACAUGUAUUUGCAGUUUAACUUGGUUUUGAAGGAUGUGUCUGCCUUUCUGGUUGAUGGUGACUAUCAUUGGGGAGAAGUUCCCACAAAGAAGCAUUCUACUCCUGCUCACUCAAAUUAUGUUAGUCUUCUGCCCGUUAUUGAUAACUGUGGGGCAAUGCUAAAGCUUCAACAGAUUCGAAUGGAGAAUGCCUCCUACCCUUCAACGCGACUUGCCAUACGACUACCGUCAUUAGGGUUUCACUUCUCUCCAGCAAGAUAUCAUCGACUGAUGCAGAUAGCAAAGCUCUUUAAGGGAGAGGAUACUGAAAAAUCAGAUUUCUUUCAACCUUGGAAUCAGGCUGACUUUGAGGGGUGGUUAUCUCUUCUUACUCGGAAGGGUGUGGGAAAUCGAGAAGCUGUGUGGCAGCGCCGAUACUUCUGCUUAGUUGGGCCUUUCCUCUAUGUCCUUGAGAGUCCUGGCUCCAAAUCAUACAAACAAUAUAUCAGCUUACGUGGGAAACAGAUAUCUCGAGUUCCGCCAGAAGUUGUGGAUGAUGCAGAUCAUGUACUGGCUGUUUCUGAUAGUUCACGUUCAGACAAGGUUGUGGAGGAUGCAAAUGCACUCAUAUUGCAAUGUGAAUCUGAUGAUUCAAGGAAGACUUGGCAGAGCCGUUUGCAAGGAGCAAUAUAUCGUGCAUCGGCUUCUGCUCCUGUAACUACUCUAUCUGAAACUUCAUCAGAUGCUGAUGAUUCUGAAAUCGAGGUUGAUGACAAAAAUAAAGCCAUUGGUCUAUUAGAGAUGGAAAAAAUAUUUAUUACUGGUGUUCUUGAUGAAUUGAAGGUCCGCUUCAGUUACAGCGAUCAGCAUGACCACAGUUUCUUCAAAGUGCUCCUAACAGAAGAGACUCGCUUAUUUGAAUUUCGAGCUAUUGGUGGUCAGGUUGAAGUAUCCAUAAGAGAACAUGAUAUGCUUAUUGGUACUGUCUUGAAAUCUUUGGAAAUCGAAGAUUUAGUUUCUCUUAGCAAUGGUUCUCGACCACGCUAUGUUGCCAGAUCAUUUAUUGGGAGUACAGAUGCAUAUUCAACAUUUGAUGAUGAAAGGAAUCAGAUCUCUGAAAGCAAUGACUUAGAGUCGAGUGAAGGUGAUGAUAAGUUCUAUGAAGCACAAGAGAAUUUGGUUGAGUCUUUUGACUACCCUAUGCAGUCACCACGAAAUUUCUCAGGGAAUUUUAGUAGCCAAAAGUUUCUCAAAUCCGAUAGUUUGUCUGAUAAGCUUCCUAGUUUUACCCACAUUUCUGGUCUACUCCCUAAAGAUGUACCAACUGAUGAUGUUACCCAAACUGAUGUAAUGGAUAGUUUUGUGAAAGCUCAGAUAGUGAUCUGCGACCAAAAUUCUCCUACAUAUGAUAAUAUAGAUACACAGGUCAUCAUCACCCUAGCAACCUUAUCAUUUUUCUGUCGUAGACCCACAAUUCUUGCCAUUAUGGAAUUUGUUAAUGCCAUUAAUGUCAAGGAUGAAAGCUGUGAAUCAUUCAGCGAAAAUUCCCCUGGAACAGUUGCAAAGCAUGACAUCCCUAAAAAUGACAUGAUUGAUGAACAACUGUCAACAACUACUCAGGAUGCUGUUGUUAAAGGUUUGCUAGGAAAGGGGAAGUCUAGAGUUGUGUUUAAUAUUACCCUAAAUAUGAAGCGUGCUCAAAUCUUGUUGCUGAAUGAAGAUGAAACCAAGCUUUCAAGUCUUUCCCAAGAUAAUUUGCUUACAGAUAUAAAGGUGUUUCCGUCCUCGUUUAGUAUUAAGGCAUCCCUUGGAAAUCUUAGAAUUACUGAUGACAGUCUUCCAGAAAAUCAUAUGUAUUUUUGGGCUUGUGAUAUGAGGAAUCCUGGAGGCAGUUCAUUUGUCGAGUUGGUUUUUACUUCAUUUAGUGUUGGGGACGAAGACUAUAAAGGUUAUGAGUAUAGUUUCUUUGGAGAGCUGUCAGAAGUACGAAUUGUAUACUUGAAUCGCUUUAUACAGGAGGUUGUUAGUUACUUUAUGGGCCUCGUUCCCAACGAUUCAAAAGGAGUUGCUAAACUAAAAGACCAGCUAACAAAUUCAGAGAAGUGGUUUACAACUAGUGAAAUUGAAGGAUCACCUGCAGUGAAGCUGGAUAUUUCUCUUAGACAGCCCAUUAUAUUAAUGCCUCGGAGAACCGACAGCCUUGACUACUUGAAGCUGGACAUUGUUCAUAUAACAGUACAGAAUACCUUUAAGUGGUGUUUUGGAAGUAAAACUGAUAUUAAUGCUGUGCAUUUGGAAAUAUUAACAAUUCAGGUAGAGGACAUUCAUCUGAAUGUUGGCACUGGUACAGAUCUAGGAGAAAGCAUUAUUCAUGAUGUGAAGGGGAUCUCUAUUGUAAUCCAGAGGUCCCUUCGAGAUCUGUUACAUCAAAUACCCAACACAGAAAUCAAAAUUAAGAUUGAGGAACUGAAAGCAGCUCUCUCAAACAAGGAAUACCACAUUAUUUCUGAAUGUGCAGUGUCCAAUAUCUCCGAGACCCCACGUGCUAUUCCUCAGUUAAAUAAUGAUUCUAUAACUACUGUUGAUGUAGUAGAAGCAGAACCUAUCAUUCCUCAUGAUACAAGUGUUCUUGAAUCUCAAAAUGCAAAUGGAGAAGCCUGGAUUGUGACAAAAGUAUCUGUAUUCAUUGGUCUUGUUGAAUUGCGGUUAUAUACAGCAAUGGCAAGAGAUGCACCGCUGGCCACAGUGCAGAUUAGCGGUGCAUGGCUACUCUACAAGUCUAGUUCAGUUGAAGAAGGUUUUCUCUCAGCGACACUGAAGGGUUUCACUGUUUGUGAUGAUCGUGAAGGAACUGAACAAGAAUUCAGAUUGGCAAUAGGAAAGCCUGAUAAUAUUGGUUCUAGUCCUUUGCAUUUGUCCACUGGCAAUGGUGGUGAUGAAAUACAGCUGACAAAUGAUCAGAAUGUUGCGAAGGACAUUGAUGCAAAACUUGAUUUUACGAUGCUUAUUCUUGACGUUAAGUUUAACCAACGUUCAACAUUUGUUUCGUUAUGCAUUCAAAGGCCACAGUUGCUUGUUGCACUUGAUUUCCUGCUGGCUGUUGUUGAAUUUUUUGUUCCAACACUUGGUAGUGUGAUGAAUAAUGAAGAAGGCACACAAUCUUGUCAAGUAAUUGAUACAUUGAUUCUCAAUGAGCCAGUUUAUAAGCAACCAUCUGCCAAAUUCUCUUUCUCCCCUCAAAGACCUUUAGUAGUUGACGAUGAGCGAUAUGAUCAUUUUGUUUAUGAUGGUGGUGGUGGAAUACUGUAUUUGAAAGAUAGGCAAGGAUUCAAUCUCACAGCACCCAGCACGGAGGCUAUAAUAUAUGUGGGCAGUGGGAAAAGGUUGCAAUUCAAGAACAUUAUGAUCAAGAAUGGGUUGUAUUUAGAUUCAUGUAUUUCUCUUGGAAGCAACAGUAGCUAUUCAGUGUCAAAAGAUGAUCAUGUCUAUAUGGAGGGUGGUAAUGAAAGUUCUAUCCAAGGCUCUUCUAGCAUCCCUGUCAAUGAGCUACCAUCUCAGAGUAGUUCAGCUGAGAGUUCAACGGAAUUUAUAAUUGAGUUGCAGGCUAUUGGUCCAGAGCUGACUUUUUAUAACACAUCAAAAGAUGUUGGGAAGUCACCUCUUCUCUCUAACCAAUUAUUGCAUGCACAACUCGAUGCAUUUUGCAGGCUUGUUAUGAAGGGAGAAACAAUGGAAAUGAAUGCCAAAGCACUUGGUUUGACCAUGGAGAGUAAUGGCAUCAGAAUUCUGGAGCCUUUCGAUACCUCCAUAAGCUAUUCAAAUGCUUCGGGAAAGACUAAUAUACAUGUAUCUGUUUCAGAUAUAUUCAUGAAUUUUUCGUUCAGUAUUUUAAGACUUUUUUUAGCAGUUGAAGAGGAUAUUUUGACCUUUCUAAGGAUGACUGCUAAAAAAAUGACAGUGAUAUGCUCCCAGUUUGAUAAGGUUGGAAUGAUAAAAGAUCCCAAUAGUGAACAAGUAUAUGCCUUCUGGAGACCUCAUGCACCGUCUGGUUUCGGAAUUCUGGGAGACUUUCUGACUCCAUUGGACAAGCCACCUACAAAAGGAGUGAUUGUAGUGAAUUCCAAUUAUACAAGAGUCAAGAGACCUGUAUCUUUCAAAUUGAUAUGGCCUCCUUCAGAAUCUGGAAACUCAUCUUAUGGAGAUUGUUGUUCCAUUUGGUUUCCUGAAGCUCCCAAAGGUUAUGUUGCAUUAGGCUGUGUGGUUUCCCCUGGAAGAGCCCAACCACCACUAUCGUCUGCCUUUUGUAUUUCAGCUUCAUUAGUUUGUCCAUGCUCUUUAAGCGACUACAUUGCAAUCAAUACUGUCAAUUUAGGCUUGCCAAGUGUGGCAUUCUGGCGUGUGGAAAAUUCUAUUGGUACUUUUUUGCCCGUUGAUCCCACUUCUCAUAACUUGAUAGGUAGAGCAUGUGAUUUACGUCACAUUAUGUUUGGGUCUCUGGAAGCCUCUUCAAAAACUUCUAUUAGUAUGAAUGCUCAAUCUUCUCCAUCUCACACUCUUCAAUCGGAAAGACAAGCAUUGAACUCUGCUCAGCGUUUUGAAACGGUUGCUAAUUUUCAGUGGAUAUGGUGGAAUCAGGGUUCAAACUCAAGGAAAGAAUUAUCAUUAUGGCGACCAAUAGUCCCUCAGGGAAUGGUGUAUUUCGGCGACGUUGCUGUCAAAGGGUAUGAGCGUCCACGUAGCUGUAUUGUUCUCCGUGAUACUGAAGAUGAAGUGCUUUUCAAAACUCCUCUAGGUUUCCAGCUUGUUGGGCAAAUCAAGAAACAGAAAGGAAUGGAAAGUAUAUCUUUCUGGUUACCUCAAGCUCCUCCUGGAUUUGUUUCCUUGGGUUGUGUUGCAUGUAAGGGAACCCCAAAGCUAAAUGAGUUCAGCACAUUGAGAUGCAUGCGCAGUGACUUGGUAACUGGGGAUCAAUUUUCAGAAGAGAGUCUCUGGGAAUCAUCUGAUUCCAAGGUUGGAACAGGGACAUUUAGUCUAUGGGAAAUUGGUAAUGAGUUGAGGACCUUUAUCGUGCGCAGUGGCUUCAAAAAACCUCCUAAAAGAUAUGCUUUAAAGCUUGCAGAUACAGAUAUGCCUAGUGCUUCAGAUGACACUGUAAUUGAUGCUGAAAUUAGAACCUUUUCUGCUGCACUUUUUGAUGACUAUGGUGGCUUGAUGGUCCCAUUGUUCAAUGCGUCUUUAAGUGGAAUAGGGUUCAGUUUACAUGGAAGAAAGGACUAUUUGAAUUCUACUGUCAACUUCUCUUUGGCUGCUAGGUCCUACAAUGACAAAUAUGAAUCCUGGGAGCCUCUUGUUGAGCCAGUGGAUGGAUUUUUAAGGUACCAAUACGAUCUCAGUGCUCCAGGUGCAGCUUCUCAGUUGCGUCUAACAUCUACAAGGGAUCUGAAUUUGAACAUUUCUGUAUCCAAUGCUAAUAUGAUAAUUCAAGCUUAUUCUAGCUGGAACAAUCUUAGUAAUGUCCAAGCACAUCAUGCAACAACAGAGACCUUUUCUCCAUCAUCUGGUGGAAGAUCUAUUAUUGACAUUCAUCACAAGAAAAACUACCACAUUAUCCCUAAAAACAAACUUGGACAGGACAUUUUUAUUAAAGCUACUGAAUUAAGGGGUCUCACAAACAUAAUUAGAAUGCCUUCUGGGGAUAUGAAACCUAUUAAAGUUCCUGUUUCCAAGAACAUGUUGGACUCACACUUGAAAGGCAAACUUUACAAGAAACUUAGGACAAUGAUUAUAGUUACUAUAGCUGAUGCUGAGCUUCCAAGAAGUAGAGGGUUGACAUCCCCACAAUAUACUGUAGCAAUCCAUCUCACACCGGACAGAAGUCUUCCUAGUGAAUUAAUGCUUCAGCAACAGAGUGCGCGCACUUGUGGAAGCAGCUCGGAUUAUAUGUCAUCUGAGAUUGAAGUGGUCAAGUGGAAUGAAGUAUUCUUUUUCAAAGUUGAUACUGCAGAGCACUACACGGUGGAGUUAAUUGUGACAGAUAUAGGAAAAGGUGUCCCUGUUGGAUUCUUUUCAGCCCCUUUAAAGCAGAUGGCAGUUGAUGAGAACUCAGAUUCAUAUGAUCAUUCAAAUAGAUGGAAGUGGGUUGAACUAACCUCAGAGGAAACAACGAAUGAGAUUCAAGGGGAAGACAGUAAAGAGUCACGUGGUAGGGUGCGCUGUAGCGUACUUUUUUCACCAAGAUCUGAAAUUGAGAACGAUGACCAAUCUGCCAUUAGCAAUCAAAAAUCCGGGUUUGUUCAGAUAAGCCCAACCAGGGAAGGGCCUUGGACUACUGUUAGGCUGAACUAUGCUGCUCCUGCUGCUUGCUGGCGAUUAGGUAGUGAUGUUGUUGCCAGUGAAGUAAGCAUCAAGGAUGGCAAUAGAUAUGUUCAUAUUAGAUCUCUGGUUUCAGUAUGUAAUGCUACAGAAUUUGAACUUGAGUUAUGCCUUGUUUCCCAAGCUUCUAGGGAAAACAUGAAAUCACCAAAUGAUGCAAGUGACCAAGAAGGUGUUCAAAUUGACUUCAAUGAAAUUUGUAUUGGGAGUUUGAGACCUGGAGAUACUGUGCCCAUUCCUCUCUCUGCUUUGAAACAAACAGGAGUAUAUGCAUUACGAUUAAGGCCGUGUAAACUUAGUAAUCCAGUUGAAUAUUCUUGGAGCUCUCUGGUAGAGAGGGUUAAUCAAAUAGAAGAUCCAAGUACUCCUUAUCUACCACAAGGAAUAAGUGUGUCGUCUCUUGUUGAGUCGGAGGAACUUUUAUACUGUACUGAGAUAAGUGGAACAUCUUCAAGUAGCUCCCAAAAGAUGUGGUUUUCUGUAAUCAUAAAAGCCACUGAGAUCGCGAAAGACAUUCGAUCUGAUCCUAUCCAGGAUUGGAAUCUUGUUGUCAAGUCCCCACUAUCUAUCAGCAAUUUUCUUCCCCUCAUGGCAGAAUAUUCUGUUCUAGAGAUGCAAAAAAAUGGAAAUUUUGUUGACUGCUCGAGGGGUGUUUUUGGUUCUGGAAAGACUGUGAAUGUUCAUAAUGCUGACAUAAGAAAUCCUUUGUUCUUUUCACUACUUCCUAACAGAACAUGGCUUCCUGUGCAUGAAGCUGUUCCUUUGUCUCAUACGAAAACAAUUAGUUUGAGAAGCUCAGUAACUGGAAGGAUUGUUCACAUUAUUCUUGAACAAAAUUUUGAUAGCGAGCAACUGCUGCAUGCUAAGAUUGUCAAAGUGUAUGCUCCAUAUUGGCUUGAUAUUGCUCGAUGCCCCUCACUCACAUGUAGACUCAUAGAUAUAACAGGAAAAAAACACACUCGGAAAUUCAGUGUUCCAUUUCGAUCCAAAAAGAACAAUGAGGUUGUCCAGGAGGAAAUAACAGAAGAGGAGAUGCAUGAAGGCCAUACAAUGACAUCAACUUUGAAUUUUAAAUUGUUGGGUAUUGCAGUUUCCAUAGCUGAAUCUGGCAAUGAGCAGUUUGGACCUAUUAAAGAUCUUUCUCCUCUUGGUGACAUGGAUGGAGCAGUGGAUCUGUAUGCUCUUAAUGAAGAAGGAAACUGCAUGCAGCUUUCCAUUACCACAAAAUCAUCCCCCUUUCCAUCGAUACCUACAAAGGUAGUAUCCAUCCGGCCAUUCAUUACUUUCACCAACAGAGUUGGUCAAGACAUAUUGGUUAAGCUAAGCAGUCAAGAUGAACCGAAAACUCUUCGUGCAUCAGAUUCAAGGGUCUCCUUUUUGUAUCGGCAAUCAGGUGGACCUGAUAAACUCCAGGUGCAAUUGGACGGUACCAAUUGGUCAUUUCCUGUUGAAAUUGUAAAGGAGGACACAAUUUUUCUUACUUUAAGGAGACGUGAUGGUUCUAGAAUAUUUUUGAGGACAGAAAUCCGGGGCUAUGAAGAAGGUUCACGCUUCAUUAUUGUAUUUCGUCUGGGGUCAACUGAUGGUCCUAUCAGAAUUGAGAAUAGAUCAAGAAAUCAAGCAAUCAGUAUUCGCCAGUCUGGUUUUGAUGAAGAUACUUGGGUACACUUACAACCUCUUUCAACAACAAAUUUUUCUUGGGAGGAUCCAUAUGGCCAACAGUUUGUUGAUGCUAAGGUCAACAGUGGGUCUAUUGUUGAUGUUUGGAAACUUGAUCUGGAGAGCGUUGGAUUACAUGCUGCAGAGAAUGACGAAUUAGGAUUGCGAUUCCAUGUUGUAGAAAUAGCUGAUACAAAGGUGAUUUGGUUCACUGAUAAGAGGGAUUCAGGGUCAAUUUCAUGUGAAGAAAUAAGACUAUUGGCACUUGCUAGAAAAUGGGAACAUUCGUAUACACAGACCAAUGUACAAAACAAUACUUCUCCUAUUGAAAUCAUUAUUGAGCUGGGGGUUAUAGGGAUUUCGAUAAUAGACCAUAAACCAAAAGAGCUCUCUUACAUCUACUUGGAGAGAGUUUUCAUAUCUUAUUUGACUGGCUAUGAUGGUGGGACAACAAGCAGAUUCAAGCUCAUACUAGGCCACUUGCAGCUGGACAACCAGCUUCCUCUGACUUUGAUGCCUGUCUUAUUGGCACCAGAAGCCCUCUCUGGUACUCACAAUCCAGUUUUCAAGAUGACUGUUACAAUGCGCAAUGAGAAUACUGAUGGCAUCCAGGUCUACCCAUAUGUGUACAUACGGGUUAACGACAGGACUUGGAGGUUUAAUAUUCAUGAACCAAUAAUUUGGGCUUUGGUGGAUUUUUAUAACAAUCUCCAUUUAGACCGCCUUCCCAAGAGCUCCAGUGUCAUAGAAGUUGAUCCAGAAAUACAUAUUGGAUUAAUAGAUAUUUCAGAAGUAAGAAUGAAGUUGUCACUGGAGACUGCGCCAGCUAUGAGACCUCACGGGAUGUUAGGGGUGUGGAGCCCUAUUUUAUCGGCUGUUGGAAAUGCAUUCAAGAUUCAAGUGCAUCUGAGAAGGGUUAUGCAUAAAGACAGAUUUAUGCGGAGAAGCUCUAUAAGUUCUGCUAUUGGAAACCGAAUUUUUAGGGAUCUGAUCCAUAAUCCUUUACAUUUGCUAUUUUCAGUAGAUGUACUUGGUAUGACGAGCUCAACAUUAGCUUCCCUUAGUAAAGGGUUUGCAGAACUCUCUACUGAUGGACAAUUUAUGCAGUUACGUUCGAAGCAAGUGUGGUCGAGGAAAAUUACUGGAGUGGGUGAUGGCAUUAUUCAAGGAACGGAGGCUUUUGCACAAGGUGUUGCUUUUGGGGUAUCUGGAGUGGUAAAGAGGCCCAUGGAAAGUGCAAGGGAGAAUGGUAUAUUAGGACUUGCGCAUGGGCUUGGUCAAGCUUUCAUAGGGUUUUUUACUCAACCUGUGAGUGGGGCUUUAGAUUUCUUCUCGUUGACUGUUGAUGGGAUUGGGGCUAGUUGUUCAAAAUGCUUGGAAGCUUUGAAUAGCAAGACCACAUUUGAUAGAGUCAGAAAUCCCAGGGCUAUCCAUUCAGAUAAUAUUCUAAGGGAAUACUGUGAGAAAGAAGCUCUUGGCCAGAUGGUACUCUACUUAGCAGAAGCAAGCCGGCACUUUGGCUGUACUGAAAUUUUCAAAGAGCCCUCAAAAUUUGCCUUGUCUGAUUAUUAUGAAGAACAUUUUGUUGUCCCUCACAAGAAGAUUGUCUUAGUGACCAACAAACGAGUUAUGCUGCUUCAGUGUCAAGCUCCAGACAAAAUGGAUAAGAAACCUUGCAAAAUUAUUUGGGACGUGCCUUGGGAAGGACUUAUGGCUUUGGAAUUGGCGAAAGCUGGCUUCAAUAUUCCAUCACAUUUGAUCCUCCAUCUUAAAAAUUUUGAGAGAUCAGAAAGUUUUGUCAGAGUUAUUAAGUGUAGUGCUGAGGAAUCAGGUAGUAACGAACCACAAGCUAUUAGGAUCUGCUCACUUGUACGUAAGAUGUGGAAGACUCACCAAUCUGACAUGAAAAGUCUAGUUUUAAAGGUUCCGGCAAGCCAGAGACUAGUGCACUUUGCUUGGAAUGAAGCUGAUGGAAGAGAACUGCGGACAUCAAAGUCUGUAAUUAGGUCGAGAGAGCUGUUGUCAGACAGGUCUGCAUCUGAUGAGAAAAGAUUUGUUAAACAUGUUAUCAAUUUCACAGAGAUUUGGAGAAGUGAACAAGAAUCAAAAAGUCGAUGCACAUUGUCUAAAAAACAGGUCCCAGAAGAUGGUAGAAUGUGUAGCAUUUGGAGGCCAAUUUGUCCAGACGGAUAUGUCUCAAUUGGGGAUAUUGCUCGUAUUGGCACCCAUCCUCCAAAUGUGGCUGCUGUGUAUUCUAAUGUCGACAGAUUGUUCGCUCCUCCAGUGGGAUACGACCUGGUAUGGCGGAACUGCUUGGAAGAUUACGUGGCACCACUAUCGAUAUGGUUGCCUCGUGCACCAGAGGGAUAUGUAUCUCCUGGAUGCAUUGCUGUCGCAUGUUUUGAAGAGCCGGAACCUAAUGCAGUGUACUGCGUGGCUGAAUCACUUACUGAGGAUACCGAAUUCGAAGAGCAGAAGGUUUGGUCAGCUCCAGAUUCUUAUCCAUGGGCAUGCCACAUAUAUCAAGUCAAAAGUGAUGCUCUUCACUUUGUUGCUCUAAGGCAAAGCAAGGAAGAAUGUGAUUGGAGACCUACAAGGGUUCUUGAUGACCAUCACUCCAUUCUACAAUCUUCUAGUUCUAACUCUCAGUGAAACCAAAAAUUGCUGUUAAAGUCCUUACUUUUUUUUUUUAAAUUUUGUAAGCAGGCCCUUAUUUGUUUUGAUUGUUUUGUUGUACAGUGUAUAGUAUCUCUUUCUUGACUCUUUUAUCUUUUUUCAUAGACGUUUACUUAUUUUUGAACCUCAAGGUGGCUUAUGCGUUGUUAUACAAGCCAGAUUAAAUUGCACUAGUUUAUUCAGAUUUUUUUUUUCUUUCUCAUUACUACUUAUACACGAAGAACUGUAUAGAGUACAGACUUGAAAUGAGUAAAAUUGAAAUUGUUUUGGUUGCAAAA